AUGACGAACCUCAACGAGCUGGUCGCCGCAGUCGACGAGCCUCAGAAUGCCCAGAAGCAGUCCAAGGAAGAGCGAGCCUUUGUCGCCCGGCUCGACCUUUUUCUCCUCACAUUUGGUUGCAUUUCGCAAGUCAUCAAGUAUCUUGACCAAACCAACAUCAACAACGCCUACGUGUCGGGCAUGAAAGAUGACCUUGAUCUCCAUGGAGAUGAGUUGAACUUAUUCACCACCUACUUCAACGUCGCCUACUGCAUCAUGCUCAUCCCCUCGCAAAUCAUCAUGACCUACGUCCGCCCCAGCUGGUGGCUGCCCUCCAUCGAGAUCGUCUGGGGCGUCAUCACCGGCCUCAUCGCCAUCACCCACAGCGCCAAGCAGGUCUACGUUCUGCGCGCCUUUCUCGGCCUGUGCGAGAGCGCCGCCUACCCCGGCAUGAUUACGCUGUUCAUGUCCUGGUAUACACCGACGGAAAUGGCCAAGCGCAUCGGCUUCUACCACUCCUGCCAGUCGCUGGGGCAGAUGCUUUCCGGCGCGCUGCAGGCCGCCAUCAUCAACAGCCUGAGUGGCAGGUCUGGCCUUGCAGGGUGGAGGUGGCUCUUUGUCGUCAACGCCGUCAUCACCGUCGUCUGGGGCCUCGCAGGCUACUUCAUGAUCCCCGACAUGCCCAACAAGCCGAACCCGUGGGCAUUCUGGUUCAAGAAGGUUCAUUCUGAGCUCGCUCUUAGUCGCCUAGCUCGUACGAACCGGGUUGAUGCCAAGCCCAUAUCAUGGUCUGGCGCUAGGUUGGUUUCCCUCAUCUCACUUGUACACACAAGACUCGGCAUGUCUAACGCGGGUCCUUCCCCCUGCAGACGUACAUUCACUCAUUGGCUGGUAUACAUCGUUGCGGUUCUGUAUAUUGCCAUGGUCCUUGGGACGUCGGGUGCCGACUACUUUGGCUUGUUCCUCAAAUCCGUGCGCCGGAGCGAUGGCAGCCAACGCUGGACGACCACGGACGUCAACGUCAUUCCCAUCGGCGUCUGGGUCUGGGCAUACAUGUCCGACUUCUUCCGCACGCGUUGGCUGUUGAUCAUACUCCAAGCCACUAUUGCCGUCAUGGGUGCCAUCAUCAUGAGCGUCUGGACCACCCAUCCUCAAGCAACGCCGCUCUCUGCCGCAUACGCAGCUUAUUUCAUCCAGCGCACCGCCCUCGGAACCGCACCGCUCAUCUGGGCCUGGCUGUCCGAUCUGUCACCGACUGACCCAGAAGGUCGCACCCUCAUUGUCGGCGCUUCCAUUGCCGACAAGUUCGGUUGGCAGUCUGCCUCUGCGCUCUGCGCACUCGUCAUUGUCCUUUGCGUCCUUUUGCGCAUCGUAGAUGUCCGCUACCUCGCACCAAAGAGAAAGAUGGAUGCCCAAGUUGCUGCAGAUAAAUGGGGAGAUGGAGAUGAUCUCAAGGAGGGAGAACGAAAGUUGAACGCAGAAUCUCAAGUGAGCCGUGUGCAGAGUACCGCCACGUAG